AUGGGAAGUAUAUUGACAGAUUCUCAAUCCAAAGAGCUACAUAAAGCGAUAAUUGGAUAUCUAUCAACGCUCAAGGCUUUUAAGACUGUCACCACUUUCCGCGAAGAGCUAGAAUUGAAUACGGUCCUCACAGACCACGCUAUCAAGCAGCUUGCACAAAUAUUGGAGAAGAAAUGGACUACAAAUACUCUGCUUCAAAGAAAAAUCAUGAGAUUAGAGACCGAGGUCGACAGAUUAACGGAAGAGCUACGGUUACUACCUAAACCCCAUUCCCGCCAUCAAGACCCAGCAAAUUGGCUCCCAGACCAACCAGCCCACGCUCUCAAAUCACACAGAGCUGCCAUCACAUCUGUGGCCUUUCACCCCACAUUCAACUUAUUAGCCUCCAGCUCCGAAGACUGCAGCAUCAAAAUUUGGGACUGGGAGCUAGGCGAACAUGAAAAGACUAUUAAGGGGCAUACGCGAACAGUAACAGGCCUCGAUUUCGGCGGCAUGAAAGGCCAAAUCCUGCUUGCCUCAUGCUCCACCGACCUCACAAUCAAGAUCUGGGAUCCAAACACCAACUACUCAAACGUACGGACUCUAGUGGGACAUGAACAUUCCAUAUCAUGUGUCCGAUUUCUACGCCCAGGCGAUAAAAUCCUUGUCUCGGCUAGCCGUGACGCGUCAAUUCGCCUUUGGGAUGCCUCGAAUGGUUUCUGUUUGAAAACAAUCUAUACAUCUUGCGAUUGGAUUCGCGAUGUGAGCAUCUCUUUUGAUGGGAAAUGGCUUGUUUCUGGUGGUUCUGACCAUGCUGCGACGAUCUGGAAUGUCGCUUCCGGUGACCCUCAAGCUAUACUCCGCGGCCAUGGAAAUGAUAUUGAGUGCUGUGCGUUUGCGCCUCUGGCUAGUCAUUCUUAUCUUGUGGCUUUAGCGGGAGGAAAAGCGCUGCCUUCUGGGGGUUCUGCUGUCGGGGUUGUUGCUACGGCCGGGCGAGAUAAAACGAUAAAACUCUGGGAUUUCAAUGGGUUAUUGCUGAAGACUUUGGUGGGUCAUGAGAACUGGGUAAGAGGCUUGGUGUUUCACCCUGGUGGUAGGUUCCUGUUGAGUGUAGGUGAUGAUCGAACACUGCGAUGUUGGGAUCUUGCUGAUGAUGGGAGGUUGCGGAGAACUGUUGAGGAAGUUCAUGGGGGAUUCGUUAGUUGUGUCCGCUGGGCACCUUCGGUGAUGAACGAUGCUGGUAGUAUCUCGUCAACGGAGGCUAUGGAGGACAGCAGAAAGAAAAGAGAAAAAGUCCGGGACGCGACUCUGCGAUGUGUUUUGGCCACUGGGAGUUCAGAUUCGAAGGUGCGCAUCUUUAUGUAG